CUAUUACUGUCGUUUCUUUUGUUGUCGCCUAUCAUUCUAUCUUUCCUUUCUUAUUUCUUUGUUUCUGUUCUUGAAUUAUCGAGGUCUUUUAAUCUUUUCGUCAAUGGCUCCUAAAAAGAUUCGUCCUCCUGCCGUGUCCAAAACUUCCAAGGAAUUCAAAGCGGAUUUUCAAAUGAUGGGGUUAACUUUAUCUCCAGCAGUUGAUUCUUCCGUGUCUCCUCCCGUUGCUGCGGAUAAAUCCAUGGAACUAAACUAUCGAUGGAUCCAAGCCGAGACUUGGACCCCUACCAGAAUGAUGACCACCGUAGACCAAUUGCGAGUUGGUCUUGUAUUCCCUUUUUAUGAAAUAACCCUCUUUUCUACGAGAUACUGGUCAAACUUCAGCGGGGCGUUUACCAGCUAUGUGCGAAUGCAAUUCGUAUUUCAAACAAAUUUGUCAGACGUUCGAAGGGAGGCCCCUCUCAAAUUCCGCUAGCGGCGAAAUCGUCAACUCUGCAGAUUAUAAUAUCGACUCCUUUUCGGCGAAUCUAUAUCGGCAAAGCUAUGACUAACAGGAAAUAUCAGGAAUGGGUAUCAAACUUGCUCGCAGUCAUAUGGAUAAUCCCUCUGUAGCCCUACUCCAAGAUGUCGAACCUUUUGGCAAGCCGCGAAAUGAUCGUCUUCGUUGUUCCAAUGACGAGGACUGGAUGAUGUUCCCUGUAAUUGUGGAGGGCCCUGCGAUCUGGGGUUUUGACGAGAAUGGUAACGCGCGUUCUGGUCCUCUUCCCGAGCAUAUUCAUCUCGCGAAUUACGAGCCUGGGAGGCUCCGAUGGCCCGAAAUGCACAUCGAGUACCCAUUUCCUCCCCCGGUCUGUUGAAAGAUCGCUCGAGAAAACCACCUAUUGUCGAAUCCCCUUCCUCUGAACCGGGUGGCUCUUCCGUAUCUCCUCCUGCUAAAGAUCCUCCAAAGCGUCAGCGUAGGGUCCUUGAUUUAACUGGUCUAACUCAAGUCCAGGUUCCUAAAGCAACUCCGAACCAAUCUAUUCCUCCUCCCAAGUGUCAGCAGUCUGAUCCCCUUCGCGAAGUUACUCAUUCUCAACCUACUCCUACUGUCCUCGUAGAUGAGUCAUCCAACAUGCCAUCCAAGGGCAUGGGUAAGAAAAAGACCUACGAAGUGGAAGACCCUGCCUAUGUUCCUGACAUGGACUUUCUUAGGGAUAUUUUCGUUUCAACUCGUGAGAAUGCCUCCCUAAGAUCCCCUGCUGCUGAGUCUUUGGCUUCUUUUAGCUCUGAUGUUUUCUUGGCUGAGGAUCAAUCUUUCAUAGAAUUCAACCGCAACAUGGAUCAUCUUGUUGAGACCAGAAUGUCUCACGAGCAGUUGACGAACUCUAACGCUCGUAUUUGUGAACUCGAAAGGCAUCUUGCUGGGGAGAGAAAGUACUCAUCUGAGCAGGAGAGCAAAGUCGAUGAGCUUCGUAAGUCUGAGCGAAGCUUCAAGGAUCAGGUUUUCCUUCUAUCUCGUCAAAGGGAUAAUCUUUCCAAGGAGGUUUCCAGUCUCAAAGAGGAGAUCAUGUUUUUGAAUGAAGACCUUACUGCCAUGGACAAGGACGCUGCUAAGGUCGCAAAGCUUACUCGCAAAAAUGCUCAGGAUGCUAAAGUCCAACUCUUCAAUGAUUUCUGUGAUUCUCGCGGUAUUCCCCGCGAACCUUUAGAUCUCGAGAUAUUCUCCGACGAUGAACCUGUUGAUGACAAAACAGUUCAUGUCGACGAAGAUGCUGAGGAUACUGAGACCGACGAGGAUGAUGAGGGUACCGAGACCGACGAGGACCUCAAGAUUGAGCAAAAUAAGGGGAAAACUCUUUUGACUAUCCAUACUUCCAACAUUCCUUCUUCUUCGUCGAGUCAUUUGGAGCAGCCUCAUGGUACAAACAACGUUGAAGAUGGCAGCCUCGAUCAAGAACUCAAGGAAUAUGGUGGUGGUGGAACGGUCCCUAUUCAACAACGAUCUUCCCAACCUUAAUUUACUGUCCUCCCUGACUCUUGUUUUUGAUAUCUCCACUCCUUAAUACCUUACCUGAACUGGGCGCUCCCAAGCUUGGGGGCAGAAUAUUUUGGAUUUUUUAUUUUUGCUUUUCUUGGUCAUAAUUAUAAUGCGACAUAUGUUUACCAAUUUUCCGUAAGUUUAACUUUAUGCUUAUUUUUAUUCUUCUUCCUGCCAA